UCCUGGCAUGUUCACCUGGCUGGUACGGCACUGCACCGUUUUGUGACGGGGAAUGCCCCGCCGGCACCCACCAGACGAGAACCGAUGACUGUGGUGAUGGGCAUUGCUGCGCGACCGGACACAAAGUCUACUGUGAAUGCAUUAAGAACCCUGGCUGCGCGGCUUUCUGGAGCGGAACUGCGCCGUUCUGCUCUCCGGAGCCGUGCCCGGCUGGAUGGCACGAGGCAGGGAGAAGUGACUGGGGCGACGGUGGCUACUGCGUCACUGGGAAGAAGAGACUCUGUGAGUGCAACGGCGGUGGAGGCCCACCGUGUUCUCCAAAGCCGGCAGAUGUCCACUGCGAUGGCAUUUUCUUGA